AUGCCACUUCUGCCGACCAUCGCCGCUACUUUUAUAGCAGGCCUUUUACUUUACUCGCUGUUUGCUGACUUGCUGUUCGGUCAGCUUGCUCAAAUUCCAGGCCCAAAAUUAUUCGGCUUGACAGGGCUGAGUCUUGCCUAUGAGGACUAUAAGGGCACCCGCACCUGCAAAAUCCAUGCUCUCCAUGAAGAAUACGGCACAGCUGUUCGUGUUGGUCCAAAUGAGGUGGCAUUCAAUAGCCUUUCUGCGCUGCGCACUAUUUACGGAGCCGGGAGUGGUUUCGAGCGAACAGACUUCUAUAAUAUGUUCACUGUAUAUGGACGCAAAAACAUGUUUUCGUUUUCCGCAGUGAAGGCCCAUGGAGAGCGUAAAAAGCUGUUCGCGCAUGCCUAUGCCAAGUCCGCCAUGUUGAAAGGGACUACUGCUUCAAUGGUCGAGAGCAAGGUCAAACUUUUUUUACAACUUCUUGAACAAGAGAACUCAACUUGCGAAAUAUUCUCUAUCUUGCAUUAUUUCUCUUUGGAUACAAUCACAGAGUUCCUCUAUGGAAGAUUCGGUAAGACCUCGUGCUUGGAAGGAGCCGCGAAAGAUCGCGCCCUCAUUGGAGAUAUCAUUGAUAUUUCUCGCCGUAAGAUUUCAUGGUUCUCGGUCCAUUUUCCAACUUUUACCGAAUGGUUAUAUGCAAGAACAGGAAGUAUGGGCUACAUCGCAAAACGAUUCUAUCCCAUGCAGAAACCUACCACUUAUACCGGUAUUCGACUACAUGCGAUGAAGGCAUGCUUGGCCUAUUCCAAUGCUUCUGAACAGGAGAAAAUUGACCAAUCGCUCCUAAUUGCCAAGAUAUGGAAACACCAUCAGUCGGAGAAAGAAAAUGGGAUUGAUGACAUGGACAUUGCGUCCGAGUGUGCGGACCAUCUCCUGGCUGGCAUUGAUACAACCAGUGAUACUUUAAUGUUUCUCAUUUGGUCAUUAUCUCGGCCCGACCACAAGCAACUUCAAGACAAGCUCAUCCAAGAAGUUCGCAGUAUUCCCGAAGAAUGCCUGAAUGGAGAUGGAAUUCCAAGCACAGAAAUAUCUGCCAAGUUGCUCUAUGUAGAUGCAGUCAUCAAAGAGACGCUACGGUUGUACGCUCCGUUACCAGGAUCGGAGCCGCGGUCACUCCCGUUGACCACGACAAUUGAUGGAUACGUCAUUCCGGCAAGAACUGUUGUUUCCAUGUCUCCUUAUUCUUUGCAUCGCAACCCGAAGGUCUUCAAGGACCCACUGAAGUUCAACUCGAAUCGAUGGCUAGAUGCUUCGGCUGAUAUGAAGAAGUGGUUCUGGGCCUUUUCCAGUGGAGGUAGAAUGUGUAUUGGGAUGCAUCUUGCCAUGGCGGAAAUGACAACCCUUGUGGCUGCUGUCUACCACAAAUAUACAACCACUACGCACGGAGAUUUCGACUCAAUAUCACCUGCGAUAACCGCCCGCUAUGAGGUUUUCUACGAUGAAACAUGUCAGGGAGUGAGGGAGCAUGAAUGCCACAUUAAUUUCACUACAGGCGUAGAAUAG